AUGACUAGUUUACAACUUCGAAAGCUUGAGGAAUAUCUACAGCAGAUUGAUGGAUUUGAAACACCAAAGAUAAAACUUGAACAAUACACUACCAGUGCACAUAUUGCUUCACGCAUGUUAUAUACUGCCCAGUCCCAAUUUGAUGAUAUAGAAGGAUGUGCUGUUGCUGAUUUUGGAUGUGGCUGUGGUGUUUUGUCAUUAGGUUCUCAAAUGCUUGGUGCAAGUCACGUAGUGGGAUUUGAAAUAGAUUCCGAUGCACUUAAUAUCUUGUAUAGAAAUUGUAUUGAUUUGGACUUAUUUGUUGAAUCAAUACAAUGUGAUAUAUUUCAAUAUUUACCAGGAAAAUUUGAAAAAUACUUUGACACAGUGAUUAUGAAUCCACCGUUUGGAACUAAAAAAAAUGCAGGAACUGAUAUAAAAUUUUUAGAGAUUGCUAUUAAAGCAGCUUCCAGUGCUGUAUAUUCUUUACAUAAAACCAGUACACGAGAUUAUGUUCUUUCUAAAGCUACACAACUUGGUGCAAAAGGAACAGUAAUUGCUGAGUUAAGAUAUGAUUUACCUCGUAUAUAUAAAUUUCAUAAAAAAAAUUCUGUUGAUAUACAAGUAGAUUUUAUACGAUUUGAAUUAAAUUCUUGAGUAUUUAUUAAUUUUUCAAUAAAUUUUAUUCAUCUAUUCAAACUUUA